ACUAUUACUUUGCUGCAUAGACCAGAAAUCGAUGAAAUGCAGGAUGAAUCGAUGAAAAAUAAAGUUUAUCGAUUGUUUUGGUUUCGAACUGUUUGGUAAACUCCUAUUUCUUACUCCUUUUUCUUACGAUGGAGGUUUUAGGAGAAAUUAGUAACUUUUGUCGCUUUUGCCUGAGCCAGGAUUGCGAAUUACUUAUUCCACUAUCCAGAGCCAUCGAAAACCAUUCCUUCUCCAUCCAAGACAUACAGCAAACGACCGGGAUUUCGAUUCUUGAGAACGAAAUAGAUUGUCUAAGCGUCUGUACAAAAUGCAGCAAUCGCAUAAAACUCGCGGUGGAUUUUCGCCAUUCCUGCAUAAAUGGAAACGUUAUAUUUUUGCAGCUUUUCGGUCAUAUCAUCGACAAGCUUCGUUCAUCCGACAUCGUGGAUGAGAAUUUGGAGCACGCAGAAAACAUAAAGGACGACCCUUUAAAUAUGGAAAUGAUUCUACAAAACGAUCCGAACAAUGAAAAUACCUUGAAAGCGCACGAUGAGACGCCGAUGGAAGAGACAGAAGAGCUGUUCGAUGAACGAACAUCCAAUGGACAGGAAGAUUGUGGAGAUGAAAAUAGCAGUUCCGAGGAUCUUUCUCCUGUUCCCACAAGUACGUUAAAAUCAAAAAGAAAAAUAACGAAUAAGAGAAUGGCCGCGACCGCAACAUCAAGUCAUAGAAAGACGAAAUCAAAAGAACGGAUUGAGGACAUCAACGAAGACAAAGUAAACAAACCAUUGAAACGAAAACAAUCUGGAAAAAACAGAAAACGAUUGUGCGGUAUUUGUGGUGCACUAGUGUUCAACCUGGUCGGCCACACACGAUCGCAUACCAAGGAAAACCUUCUUAAAUGCCCGCACUGUCCCGUACAGAUGGCUCAUGCUACUAACUUGCGAUCUCAUGUGCGUCUUGUCCACGAAAAAAUAGCCGUUAAGUCAUGUGAACCGUGUGGCAAAGAGUUUCUCACAUACAACUCCUACAAAUCGCAUUUGCUAUCUCACCACAAUAUCGGUGAGCGGUAUCAGUGUGAAAUCUGUCUCAGAAUGUUCAAUUCAACAUCGAGUCGCGGAGUGCAUAUAAGGCGGAUGCAUUUUGCUGAAUGGAAGUAUGAAUGCCAGAUUUGCCAGAAAAAGUUCAAAGACAAGGGUUCUUUACGAGGACAUGCAACAGUGCACUCUACCAACGCUCCCUUCGCAUGUAGCCACUGUCCAAAGCGAUUCAAGUCUUCUACUGCGAAAAAAACGCAUGAAAUAACUCACAGUGGUAUCGAUUUCCCGUGUACACUCUGCACUAAGGUAUACCGGUACAAAAGUUUACUCAGCAUGCAUUACCGGAAAUGCCAUCCAGAGGAGUGCAAAGGCUUACCAGCAUAACAAAAAGUCCCACAUGGCAGUCAAUAAUCAUGUAAUGACUGAUAUAUUUUCCCUAAUCACACAAGGUAUCGAACGCAGUCGCGAUCCAAAAAAUUUACUUGUGGCGACCGAUUCAACAGCGUUCAACCACAGCUACUAGAGCCCAGAGACUCAAGUUUCACGUUCUACAUCGAAUAAAAUCGGAAGUGUAUCAAACGUGUAUAAACCUAUCGUAUAUAGUAAGCUAU